AUGGCAAGUGGCAAGGACUCAGACAGCGAGCAGGUGGUACCAGAUGAAGAGGAUAGGCCAGACGUGAAGGCAGUGCAGGCCCGCUACCUCCGCAGCCCCUCCCCCAGCCAGUAUUCAGUGAUAUCAGACACAGAGACAGAAAGCAUCUUCAUGGAGCCUAUCCACCUGUCCUCUGCAGUAGCUGCUAAACAGAUAAUCAAUGAAGAGCUGAAGACAAAGGAGGUUAAAGUGGAUUCAGUUUGUCCGGGGAUGUUGGAGUCUGCAGAGCAGCUGCUGGUGGAGGACCUGUACAACCGAGUUAAAGAUAAGAUUGAUGACACCAGCUUGUUCAACACACCGUGUGUGAUGGACUUGCAGAGGGCACUCAUGAAGGACAGGCUGGAGUCCCCCUGGGAUCCUGUGGAUGAAGUCUGGCCCAACGUCUUUAUAGCAGAAAAGAGUGUUGCAGUGAACAAAGGCCGUCUGAAGAGGCUUGGGAUCACUCAUAUCCUGAAUGCGGCUCACGGUACCGGCGUGUACACAGGGCCAGAUUUCUACAAUGGUUUGAAUAUCCAGUACUUGGGCAUUGAGGUGGAUGAUUUCCCAGAGAUGGACAUUUCCAAACACUUUCACCAGGCUGCGGAGUUCCUUGAUGAAGCACUGCUGACAUACAGAGGUAAAAUCCUGGUAAGCAGUGAAAUGGGAAUCAGUCGCUCGGCUGUGCUGGUGGCUGCUUACCUGAUGAUCUUCCACCACAUGACCAUCUUAGAGGCCCUAAUGACUAUAAGGAAGAAGCGUGCCAUUUACCCCAAUGACGGCUUCCUGAAACAGCUCAGGGAGCUCAAUGAGAAGCUGCUGGAGGAACGAGAGCAAGAAGACGCUGGGGAUGAUGAUGACACAGCCAGCCAGAGUUCUGUCAUCGAAGCAGGGACCCAUUCCCUGCUGUCUGGAGUGGAGGUCUCUGGGAGUGUCAUGGGAGCCAAAGUGCACUCCAUCACGGUAGAGGAAGAGGAUACCACCAGCAUUCUGGGAAGUGUUAUGAGUUCUUCAUCCAUGGGAAAAGCUAGCUUGGUUUCCAAACAGCCCACUCUGAUCAGUGAGGAGGAGGAGGAACAGCUGUAUGAGGAAUGGAGGAAGAAGCAAGGCCUGCCAGCAAGAGAACCACCAAAUCAAGAUGUGGAAAGCACACCUCCAAAACUUCCAGAUCAGGGAGAAGAGGAAUGUGAGGAGAAUGUGGAACAGAUGAUUCAAGAGUGGCAGAGUCGAAAUGCAAAAUAUGAAAAGGAAGGUUAUUGGCUACCCAGGGAGGAGGAUGGAGUCUCCAACAUGGGAGAAAGGCCGUAUCCUUCAAGUGAACUGGGUGACGCGGAGAGUGUGAGCAGCCUUGACAUCCGAACUCUGAAGCAACAACUGGAAGCCAGCAGCAUCAACAGGCUGAGGAGGGGCCGCACAGACUCUAUGUCUACGGAGAGCACCUGGGAUAUGUGGAACCAGAGGCUGCUGGAGAUUGAGAAGGAAGCUGCUCAGAGAUACCGUUCCAGGAAUAAAAGUGGUGAUGCUAGUCCAGAACCAGAGCCAGGAAGAAAGAGCAGAGAUGUGGAUGUGGAGAGUGUUGUUUCGGACACCAGCUCCUUUCAUAACUUCUGCAAAAAGAACAAAGACAAGCUGACCCCUCUUGAAAGGUGGAAGAUCAAGAGAAUCCAGUUUGGCUUUCACAAGAAGGAUUUAGAAUCCUCUGUGUCCCCCAAGAUGGAUGAUGGCAGCCAGCCAGUCGAGGAGGCAGCAGAAGAAGAGAAGGAUCUAUCAGAUGUCAACCUGACAGCUUACCAGGCCUGGAAAAUAAAACACCAGAAGAGGGUGGGCAAUGAGAACAAGGAUGAUAUUGUGGAGCUUGCCAAGGGCGAAGAUUCUGCUUCAGCCAAAAGGAAGCAGAGGAGAAUGGAGCUACUUGAACAUUCAAAAAAGAUCCUGGAAGAAAGCCAGUCCCUGUGCAGUUGGGAGACAGAGAGCGCAAUGAGUGGGAGUAUCCCGCUGUCAUCUCUUUGGCCCUCAGCACCUUCCAUAAGCGGUGCUGAGGAUUCAGCUUCUUCACUGAGCAUGCAGAGCAACCGUUCAUCUUUACCUCAGAACAGAAGCAGUGCUGGGGCUAUGCAGCCCCAAAUGCCAGCUAUACCUCUACCCAACAUCCCAGUUGGCCCAGGUGAUGCGAUAUCCAUGGCCAGCAUUCAGAACUGGAUUGCCAGUGUGGUUAAUGAAACCAUUGCUCAGAAACAAAAUGAGAUAAUGAUGUUGUCCCACCCGCCCUCCACACUGGCCUCCAGCGUGAAGUCAGGUGACUUUGGCAGAUGCCUCGAUGAUGACAAGGCCUCCCUUCUCAGUGCACAGAGUGGUUUGUUUGUAGCUAGCUCUCUGCUCCGCCAGAGGGACAUGAGCGGUGCUGACACGCAGUCCAUUCUGUCUUCCAAUGCCUCAAUGAGCGUGAGGACAGGAGGGUCUAGCUCCAGCAUGAGGGUGACUCAAACAAGCAAGCCGCUGUACAGCCUCUUUGCAGAUGACAUUGACCUGAAAAAACUCAGCCGGAAGGAGAAGGAGAUGCAAAUGGAGAUGAGAGAAAAAAUGUCAGAUUAUCAAAUCGAGAAGCUUGUCAGAGACAACAAGCGCAGCACUUUAUUUAAGAAGAAGAAGGCCCAGGGAGAAGAUGAAGAAGAGAAAGUCGAAGACAACACAGAGAACACAAUAGGUGGCAUUCGGUACCCCUUCCAAACAGAUCUUGACAGAACUGAUACAGCUUCUGCUUUCUCUGGUCAGUUUGCAAAUACUGGUGCCAUGAAUUCAGAGGUGGACACCAAUGUUAAUAAGUGGCUGAGUGGCCUGAAAGCAGAAGGAAAGACAUCAUAUCAUGACCAUGCUGAAAAGGCUAGAGAGAAAUACAAUAGAUCAUCCACUCUCAGAGAGGUGGACUCUGAAGCAUGCAAGUAUAACUUCUCCAGAUCCCAAAGAGAAGAGACGAACAGUUCUUCUUCCUAUCAGUGUAAAGGUGAUUCACUGAGAACCACAUCAAGAUUUUCCUCUACCUCUGCAAAAGAGGACAAGGAAAUGUACAAGUUCACACGAACAAAGGCCAGAGAGACAAGUUCUAGGGAAGAAAGCCCAGAGCCAUCCUAUGAUUCUGAAUCCCCAGGACCAUCAACGCAGAGUCGAGUCAGAUCCCGUCACUUGGAAAAAUCUGAAGAGGAGUCUAGUUCCAACAUGUCAGAAUUUGGAGCAAAGAGAAAGUUCAUUCAGAGUUUUUCAAAGUCUGAAGAGGACGGAGACAGAGAAGAGAAGGUGGAAGAAAGUGAAGAGAGGUUUGCAUCAAGGCAAUUCUCGCAGUACAGACGAAGCACCCACAAGGAAGAAGAAAUGGAUGAUGAUGCCAUUAUUGCUGCCUGGAGAAGCCGGCAAGAAGAAACUAAGGCAAAGCUCCGUCGAAGAAGAGAGGAAUGA